GAUAACGAUAUGGCAUCCACCAGCACUUCAGGAACAUUGGGUCAAAUGGUUAAACCAGAGUACACAAACUGGCUGGCAGUCGGUCAUGCCUUGACAACGGUCCUAUGCCAGGGACUUCGUCCCUUUGUUACGCAAGAGAUGGAGAUUUUUUACAGAAAUGUAAGAGUUGGUGGACCGUGCACGUGUUUUUAUGUCCCUAGCAGAAGGCCAAAUCAAUUCCACGAUAUGCGCUCAUGUUUAUGGGCAAAAGUCUUGACCACAUGUCAUCGCAGCAAACCAAACUGGAAACAAAGUGAUUCAGCCAAAUGGAUGGACCCAGUUGUUGGUCCGUGGGAAAUAGCUAAACUAUUCCUUCCUGAACUUGGAGGGCAUGCUGAUAUCAAAAGCGCAAACGACAUGGACAUCAAUAGUAUCUUGAACUUAAUGUACUGGUGCAAACAUUUCACUAUUCCUCAGCCCUUGAUCAAGGAUGUUCGAGACGUUCGAAACGACAAGUGUGUUCACGUGCCCAAGCUGGAGUUAUCUGAUGCUGAUAAGUCUGCCGCUUUUGACGCGAUCGAAAACUUGCUGCAGGACACUCAACUGGCUGCAGACGAAGACGCAAAGAAAGCUCUCGGCGAAGUAAUUAGUCUCAAGAGCAUCAAAGACUUACACAAUAGGGAGCCUCAGAUUUUGGCCGACCUAAAAGAAGUUAUGAAUGAAAGGGUGUUGAACUUGACAGAAGAGUCUGAAAGAAACAAAAAGAUGGUAGCAGAACUACAAGAAAGGCAGGAAAGUUUGGAAAUGGCUUUUGAGGACCUCGAGCGAUUUAACAGGCCCCUUCCACUAAGAGUACUAGGGUGGGUCUUUCAACUUCUGGUGUAUGUACUUGGGAUCCUCUAUACAUUCCUCAAAGGGAAGAAGACAGAAAUGUUAUUUUUUAUCGUAUUUUCAUGCUUCUGUGGUGUUUUGGAUUAUCAUUCAACAAUUAAGGAAGGUAGGUUGAAAUCCAUAUUUUUUAUUGCCAUUCUCAUUUAAUUGUGGAUAGUGACUCUCUUAAACCAAAGAGAAAAGUGGUUUUUGUAACAUUCACGUAGUUUUUAGCUGGUCGAUGUUAGUUUAUAUAAGAAAUGCUCAGGGAGUGGGCAUACAGAAGACUUUCUUGCUUCCCUCCAACUAUUUUUGUCGAGCUUAAAAACUGUCUGUAGCCACAAUUAUAAACAAAAGUGUUGAAACACCUGCGAUAAGCUACGUUAAGCCGAGUUUCUGAUUUUUUCCUGGCAUUUUAAAUCUAAAUUAAACGUCUGCACUUUGGUCAAACAGACCCUAAAAAUGAAAUGAUUAAAAUAAAGAGUUUUUGUAACGAUAAUAAAGUUAAAGCUGUACUUUAAUCACAAGUUCGUCGAGAUUUUCGAUAAAACAGUCAUACGCAUCGAAAAAAUCUCCAUCUAUCGUAUAAGCUAUGAAAAAACGCAUUAUAUUCAUCUCAAAGGUAGAGAUUGCACUCAAUGUAUUAAAAACGGCAGCAAGAAUUAACUGAUCAGAAGGCAUGUUUUUAUGAUUCGAAAAGCUUUGUUUUGUCUGCGGAAGUCUUAACAACACAACACUCUGCCUUAUGUGACCAGUUGAAAGCUUUCUUUGUAUUCUCUCCAUCGCUCGGGAUGCGAUCAGAGUAAGCAGUUAAAAGUCGAUGCUUCUUUUUGUGUUAAAAACUUGUAGUGUGAUCGAUUGAGGUUUUUUCCUACACCUGGGUCACCAAAUUUGGUCUUAAGGGUUUUAGAAAUCUACUCAACGUGCAUUUUCUUUAGGAUGUUUGAUAAAAAGAUACGGUUAUCAGUGGAGCCUGAAGCACUUCGACUUCGACGUGUUUGCUGCUACAUCCAGAAAAAGUUUUAUUGGACGGCAGUGAUUGUAUCGUGAAUUAGAAGAUCUUAUGGAGCAUUCAGGCAAGCGGGUUCAUGAUAGAAUAGCCGGGUAUCAGUUUUGUAUGCACUCAGAUAAAGGGAAUCCAGAAUGCAGCUAAAUUUGUGCAAAAUCUGGCUAAUAUGGUUGCGUCGACUUUUGAAGACUACAAUCCAAUCAUUUCGAGGGACUCCUUUGUGCGUAGAGCUUUAAAAGAGGAAUGUUCUCAAGCUCUAGAGUCGUGUUUCCCCGAUAUUCAGGUCAUAAAGCCAUUAGCUCUUGUAGAACGUUGUCAUUGUGGACCCUAUGAAUGGAGGGAAAGCUACCACGAUGAGUUCCAUCUAAAUCAUUUUUAUCAUGAUUGUGAUUUCCUUUUUUAAUCUUUAGAGUACGAAGACGUUGGUUGUUACAAAGACAAACAAGAUCGUGCCAUCGAGACAUUAGAAGGAAAGGAUUCCAUCUUAGAUGGCGAGUACAAUUCUCGUGCAAAUCCCAUUGCAAAGUGCGCUGUCGCUGCAAUGAGAAAGGGUUACAGUAUGUUUGCAAUUCAGAAUGGUGGCUGGUGUGCAGCAAGUUCUACUGCGCAACAAACCUUUCACAAAUAUGGAAAAUUUACGAAUUGUAUGAUCGACGGUGAAGGUGGACCUUGGGCUAAUAAUGUCUAUAUAUUAAGAGGUACCUUUUUGCGCAGAAUCAUAAGACUUAUGCAACUUGUUCGAAACCUAACUGAUAAUUCGCUCUCGGAUGUCUUCAAACUUUGAGCUUCUCCUCCUGAUGACCUCUAACCUUACUUGCUAACUAGGAUAAUAAUUUCUUUUGUUUUUAAUCCAUUUAGAUGAAAAAAGAGUUGGAGGUCACGAUAAUUCUUCAAGUCACAUGGUUCAACCUCUGGAAGAACGGACCCGAGCAUGAACAGUCCUCAAGAUCAAAAAUUCAAUCUUCAAGUUAUAAAAACCGGAACAUUUUUCAAGCCUUCGGUCAUUAAAAGAAAUUUAUUUUCAAAAGUGAUGGCAAAGAAUGAUUAUUUUUAGAUUUUAGACGCUAUGAUUUAUGUAACGUACGUAUCGCACACAAGGAUCACGGUAUAUUACAUGUAUUGCUUCGGCCUUGCAAAAAAGAAAGAUACACACUCGUUGCUGCCUGUUUCCAUAUCAACCGAGUUUGCCAGCGUAUAACUAUAAGCUCCUCUCGCCAAGGGACAAAGGGUUCAAGUCUAUCCAGAUAAUCCCUGAAGGAGAGAAAAAUAGAUAGAAUAGUGUGUAUCCUGCGAAUAUGUACACCGUUUUUAUUUCAGCGCGUAAGGCGACAGUGGGCUGCGCGCGGCGGCGGACUGGAGACUAAAUUGCACGCGCAACUUACGGGUGUUACGGCCCGGUCCGCCGCUUUUCGCGGCUAUAUGAAGAUGAAACGUUUUCACGAAGAUGAAGAACUGUUUGAAAGUUUGUAAGUAUGACUGAACUCUCGCUGGAAAACCAAAGAAGUGAGGACAAAUAAAAAUAAACAAACAAUGCU